AUCUUGGGUGGGAGGCGGGGAGGAUAUGCCAGGCUUUAGGAAUAGUAGUCUCCGAGAACAAAGAAUUAGGGGACCCACAAGUCGUAAUCUCGACCGAAGUACUCUAAUGAGAUGAUUUCAGCAAGGUUAGGUAGCGUAUGACCUUUAAAAAAAUAGUAUCCCACUAACCUGCAUGGACUCCACGGUUCGUGCCACGAAUCACUGGGAUGGUUUCGGCUUUCUUAUAUGGAAACUAAUCAGCAAUAUAAAGUGAUGAGGUAAACUGAUCAAUGUUGGAAUUGGGCAGAGAUUAGACACCUUUUUAGGCAGGUGUUCUUGAGUACCACUGACAACACGGUUCUCAGAGUAUUUCAUGACAAUGGAUGGUGACAGUUCCACCACAGAUGCUUCUCAACUAGGAAUUUCUGCAGACUAUAUUGGAGGAAGUCAUUAUGUUAUACAGCCUCAUGAUGAUACUGAGGACAGCAUGAAUGAUCAUGAAGACACAAACGGUUCAAAAGAAAGUUUUAGAGAACAAGAUAUAUAUCUUCCAAUUGCAAAUGUUGCAAGGAUAAUGAAAAAUGCCAUACCUCAAACGGGAAAGAUUGCAAAAGAUGCCAAAGAAUGUGUUCAAGAAUGUGUAAGUGAGUUCAUCAGCUUUAUAACAUCUGAAGCAAGUGAACGAUGCCAUCAAGAGAAACGGAAGACAAUCAAUGGAGAAGAUAUUCUCUUUGCCAUGUCUACCUUAGGCUUCGACAGUUAUGUAGAACCUCUGAAAUUAUACCUUCAGAAGUUCAGAGAGGCUAUGAAAGGAGAGAAAGGAAUUGGUGGAGCAGUCACAGCUACAGAUGGACUAAGUGAAGAGCUUACCGAGGAGGCAUUUACUAACCAGUUACCAGCUGGCUUAAUAACUGCAGAUGGUCAGCAACAAAAUGUUAUGGUUUACACAACAUCAUAUCAACAGAUUUCUGGUGUUCAACAAAUUCAGUUUUCAUGAUCCGAAGAAAUGAUGGACUGGAGAGUGUAGAGAACUGAGUCUGUAUGAUUCCGGAACAGAGACAUUAGAAGGAGCUGACUGGUGAAAAGAUGUCUCUUUGUAUAUUAAAUAGCUGUAAUGUAGCUUCCCAAUGCUUGACUAAUUGAGGUGUUAAUUCUGACUUGAGAAUCUUUUUCAUGAAUGAUUUUAAAGAAAAAUUUGGAUUUUAAAGGUAUUAAAAUAUUUUUGUUUUGUACGAGAGUUUGUUGCUCUGUAUGACUCCUGUAUGCAUUGUAUAUUGCAGUUUAUUACUGUCAGAGAUUUGUAGACAGUUUCUUAUUUUCAUAUUGAAUCAUGUUACUUUUGUAAUAAUUCAAGUAAGCAGCUGGGUUAAUUCAUGAUGUUUGCCCUUUUAAUAAAAAAUAAGGGUAGAGUUCAUUUUGAAUGCAAGUUGCCUUUAUUAUAAAUUUGAGUUUGUCUUGGUUAUAUAAUACUUUGCAUGAUAACCUAGCUAGAUUUUUAGCAUUUGCCAUAUUUAUUAACUUUUUUGUAAAACAUUCAUAGCUUAAGCAGCACCAUUUUUAAAAAAAAUGUAGUUGAGAAAUUAAGUGUGAAUGCAGAAGUAAAUAUUGUCUGCCCUAUUCAACUUGGUGCCCGUUAACAGUGUUUACACUGUUCAUUGUGCCUGUUAAGAUAGUUUUAGUUUAUUGGAGCUUCUGUUAAGACUAGAUUUGUCUUUGAGUUACAUUAUUAUGAGUGUUGGAAUUCAUUAAGUUUAAUGUAGUCCUAGUGCUCUUGAAAUGGUGCCCCUUUCAUUUUGUAUAUGAUUUUUCCAAAGGCAUAUCUUCAAAUACUAUAUAGUAUCCUCUUCCAGAAGAGGAAUUUCAUAGUCUGAUGGUAAAUGUCCUCAUUUUACCUUUUUAAUUGAAAUGUCAAGUUUCCUAUUAUGCUAUGGGAACCAAGAAAUGUCAGACAUCAUUGUGUGUAUACAGAGCUUUUUUGCAUGGAUGAGUGAAUGAAGUGAAGAACAGAGUUAGUGCUGUGAAUGGUGCGAAAGAGAAAUCUCCAGCUUCUAGCGUGCUGUCUUGAUCUUUGCAAUAAACUAAAUUUAGAUAAUGUAA